CGCUUAUUUUCGGAAGGACAAAAUCACCCACAUUUUGGAUGAACCAAAAUACGCUUUUACCCUUUAUCGUUUAAGUUGAGUUGGGAGAUUAACGGAGUCCAGCUUCUUCUGUUUCAAAUCAUGGCGAUUGCUGUAAGUAUGGUGGCCUCAGCAGGAGCACGUGUACUGGCCCAGGCUCUGCCACGUGCAUCGCUAUCAACAAGAAGGUCAUGUUCGAAGUCGGAUUUCAAUCCUAUGCAGCUAAGGAGAAUUGUACGGAUACAAUAUCCGCCAACAAGAAAAAGUUUGAUAGUAAGAGCUGCAAGAACUGAGCCUCAAGGAGUCUCCUUGGGCUUCAGAGCCCCUCAUUUUGAGUUGCCAGAACCACUAACUGGGAAACUUUGGAAAUUGGAAGAUUUUGAAGCCUAUCCUGCGUUAUUGGUUAUGUUUAUUUGCAAUCACUGCCCAUUUGUUAGACACUUGAAGAAAGAUUUUGUAAAGCUUGCAAAUUAUUAUAUGGAGAAAGGACUUGCAGUUGUUGCUAUAUCUUCAAAUUCUGUAGCUACUCACCCUCAGGAUGGACCAGAAUUCAUGGCUGAAGAGGCUAAAUUAUUUAAUUACCCUUUUCCUUAUUUGUAUGAUGAGUCACAGGAUGUUGCACGGGAUUUUGGAGCUGUCUGCACUCCGGAAUUUUUCCUGUAUAAGAAGGAUGGUCGGAGGCCAUUUGAGCUGGUGUAUCAUGGCCAAUUUGAUGAUUCGCGGCCAAAUAAUAAUCUGCCUGUUACUGGGAGUAUGUAUUGCAUAGGGACAUAUGUGGUGCAAUUGAAUGUGUUCUCAGUGGACAACCAGUAUCAUCAGUUCAGAAGCGCAGUGUUGGUUGCAGCAUAAAGUGGCAUCCACAGAUGGAGCGGUGAUCUGAGUGCUCUUGAUAUCAUACUGUAUGACUGUAAAUUUUGUUUUUAAGUGUGGGUUGUCUUCCUUGUAAUGGUUGAUAUCCAUUCAGAUUUUAGAUAGAAGUAUUUACAUGUUUUGUUUUUCUUGUUUUAUUUUUGUGUAUCACCUAAUUUCAUAUCUAGUAUCAUUUGGCUCAUCACUACGGAGUCCCGUAAGUAUCACAGAGAAAAGUGAAACUGAAUAUAACAUUUAAUAAUUCUGUUUUUUGUGUAUUA